CUCUUCUUAUUCUUAAGCUUGGGUUUGAAAGCCAAAAAUUGACAUUCAGUUCCAGGUUUUAUCUUAUUCUCUGAAAAGGCAUUUUACUGGCAGUUUCUAUGCUUUUUUUUUUCUUGCAUUUGUAGCUUUAUCAGAUGCAGUCCAUAUCUUUCUGCAAGUCACCCUAAACAUACAACUGUAAAAGAAAUUGUUGGAUUUUAGCCCCUCUUUAACACUUAGAAUUAAACAUUUUUCCCCUUCAUCAUCAUCACUAUUCCCUUUUUUCAGGAGGGGAGAAUAUUGCUUGCGGCAGGCAUUUGGAACCUUCCCUAAGUCUCUAACCAGGAUUGUUACAGACAGCCCCUUUUCAGCACAAACAGAUCAUUAUUAAAUUUUCUUCCUCCCACCCCACCCCCGCCUCACCACAGGGGGAAAAAAAACCAAUCCUUGUCGAUCUUCGGAUGAAUGUAAGCUGGGAGAAAGACGUUUUAAAAAAUAAAUUUAAAAAACCCCUCAACCCCUGCACGCACACUUGGGCACGCGACAUGGAAACCGCUCCCGACAGUGAAUUAAGGACAUCUCAGCACAGGGAGCUAAUUCACGGCUCUUAAAUGAAUCAGGGGCUGAAAACGCAGUUUCAGCGACGGAAUGAAAGCUGAGGCUUUCUUUUCUGCGGGUUACGAUUUCAGUGAUCCACGGAGAAAGCCAGAGCGCACAGGAAAACAUGUCUGCAGGCACGGGACGGAGGAGCGCAGCCCGGUGAGUCUGUUCGGAGGCGAGUCCUUGCGCCGAGCCUUGCGCGCCUCCUGCCAGAGCUCCCUGCGGACGGCGCCCCGCGGCUGGGGCCGCUCGGCUCUGCAUCCCCGCCCGGCAUCGCUGCCGCCCUCCGGAGCAUCCUGCAGCGCCCACCGCCUCUCCAGAGAGCUCCAGGCACAAAAGCAAAGCGAGCGCCUGUACAAAGCUGUCAUCUGUCAAAACCACAUCACCCUUAACAACCUAAGGCUGCACUGUGGACAUGGUAUGCACUAUGUACGGCAAUCCCUGCUCCUCAUGAGAACAUCUCCAGGAAUGCUUAUAAGCAAAACAAGGAUGAACUAUUUUAAACAAAACUUUUCCCCAGACUGCCCAGUGUGGACAUCCUGCUUGGGAAAUGUCAGCCCAAGCAGUUGGAGUUCAGCAGAGCUAUAUAUAAGGUGCUGAAAACAAGGCCAGGUAGGCAAACUCAGCCUGCUGAAAACAUUAUCCCUGAGCCUCUGCACUGCCUCCACACAGCCCGAGUGUCUGUGGGCACUGUGCUAAACUGCAGAAGGACUUGGGAGAUACUGCUUCACCUCUGAAGGCAUUGCCAACAGCUUUAAUGUUUCCAGCCACGUGGUAGGACCUAAAUGUAGAUCAUGCCAUGUUUGACAUGUUGAGUUCUAAAGUAAAAUACUUGGGAAAGCCAUUCAGGUCUCUUGAGUUCUGGGUAAACACUCUAGUGCUUCUGAUAACAGAGGAGAAACAAGAAAGGUUUGCAGAAAAAGAAAAGGAAAAGGAAAGAAAAGGCCUAAGCUGCACUUUUCUACUGAAAGAGAAAGUUCUGCUGGGAGACAACUCAGCUAAAGCACAAGGGCAAUAUUUAGCCUUUAAGGCUUUUUCAAACUCAUCUCCCUACAACACAAAACAGAUCUUAGCCCUCCCAAAAGCAGAGAUUCAGCUCCAGGCUGCUGCUGUCUGAGAUCACAGCAGCCACUCUGUGUCCUGCUUACUAUCUUGCCAGCUUGAUACUCAACAUCCUCAUAUUCUACAGCUGCUUCUCCUCUGAGCUGGACAGGCUUCCACACCAACAGACCUGUUUCCCCAAAAGCCUUGCUAUGAGGACUGCUGCUUCAUUCAAGCCCAUCUCUGCUUCCCCCUGUUUACCUUUUGGAUACAUCAAGCUCAGCCUCCUACCCAAAUUCCUGCUACAGGAAAAUCCUGCUACAGGAAAAUCCCACUGCCUGCUGCAAUGAGGAAGGUGACAUUGUUCUGAAUGCAGGAGUUGUACAGCAAGGUCACUUGCUGCCUAAAGCCAGCUACGAAAGCAAGAUGGCUCUCAACAACACCACCAUUGGGCUCAGCUGACAACAGGAGAUAUCACUUCAUUAAAAUUCAUAGAUCUUGUGACUCUUAUAGAAAUAGCAAGAAGAAUCCAGGAUGGCAGAGAUGAGAUAUUAGGGCCAAAGAGUACUGACUGAGAGCAAAAGCUCAGACCUCUGUCUGCCAAAAAUAAGGACAUUUGGUAAGAAGAGCUUUUAUUCUUAAAGUUACAUCUAACACAUUGAUCUCCAAUAUAUUAAAGCCUGAUUAAUUCUGGGUUUUUUUGUACUGCAUCAAUAUGUAGUUCAUACAGGCAGCCUAAUGUAAAGGUGCAUCUGCAGUACUGUUAGUUUGUUUGACCUGGCUAGUCACAAGGUACAACUUUCCUUAAAUUUCUGACAGAUUGCAGAAUACAUUGUUCAUUCCCAGGGAGAUUUUUGGGCAUGGUUUCUACCAGCAGUGUUUUGUGAGCUAAUGCAGUAAAAGACAGUGCCACAGCCUUUGUAGAUGGACAAUGUGGUGUUUCAUGGUGA